AGUUUUUUUUGACUUUGCUCCUGCAGAACGUAUAAAUGUGAAAUACAGGAAGUUUUCAGUUUCUCACACAAAAAUCCACAUUCUGUUCAACUCAGUUGCUGAACAUCGAAAUCUCGCCUCACCUGUUCUGAUUCACGAGAACAGUUUUGAUCGAAAUGGUGACCGCAGAGAGUGGAGCUGAAAUCCGCCGGGAGGCGGGAAUACCGAACCUCUCUAUUGGAAGCAUUCAAACAAUCAGCCAGAUUGCAAAAGACGAACAGCUCUUUGUUGAGGAGAAGGUUUCUGGUUUGAAUUUGAAUUUGGAUGAGCCACAAGAAACAGCAACAAGGAAGAAAAAGAAAAAGAGUAAAAGCAAGAAGAAAAAGGGGCCACCACAGCAAACCGAUCCGCCAACUAUGCCGGUAGCUGACCUAUCUGCAUCAGGGGAGUUUCCAGAGGGGGAAAUUCAACAAUAUAAGGAUGAUAACUUGUGGAGAACAACAUCCGAAGAAAAAAGAAAUUUAGAGCGAUUGGAGCAACCAAAUUAUAAUUCACUCCGGCUGGCAGCAGAAGUCCACCGUCAGGUUCGAAACUAUAUUAGGCAAAUAGUGAAGCCAGGAAUGUUGAUGAUUGAUCUGUGUGAAGCGUUGGAGGAUACAGUUCGGAGACUCAUUUCGGAAAAUGGCUUAAAAGCGGGGAUUGCAUUUCCUACAGGAUGCUCAUUGAAUUGGGUUGCUGCUCAUUGGACGCCUAAUACCGGUGAUAAAACCGUGCUUCAGUACGAUGAUGUGAUGAAACUGGACUUUGGAACUCACAUUGAUGGGCACAUUGUGGACAGUGCAUUUACAGUGGCAUUCAACCCCAUGUUUGAUCCACUGUUAGAGGCAUCUCGUGAAGCUACCAAUACUGGAGUUAAGGAGGCUGGAAUCGAUGUACGUCUGUGCGACGUUGGGGCUGCAAUACAAGAAGUCAUGGAGUCGUAUGAAGUUGAAAUCAAUGGGAAGGUGUUCCAAGUAAAAAGUAUCAGAAAUUUGAACGGGCAUAGUAUCGGAAGCUAUCAAAUCCAUGGAGAGAAAUCUGUUCCGACAGUGAAGGGAGGAGAGCAAACAAAAAUGGAAGAGGGAGAGGUGUAUGCCAUAGAGACAUUUGGAUCCACAGGGAAAGGGUAUGUCAGAGAAGAUCUAGAAUGCAGCCAUUACAUGAAGAAUUCGGAUGUUGGACAUAUUCGACUAAGGCUGCCGAGAGCAAAACAGCUGUUGGCGACAAUCGACAAGAACUUUUCUACGUUGGCAUUCUGCAAACGCUAUCUCGACCGCCUUGGGGAAACUAAGUAUUUGAUGGCACUAAAGAACUUAUGUGACACUGGGAUUGUUCAGCCGUGUCCUCCGGUUUGCGACAUUAAGGGCAGCUAUGUAUCUCAAUUCGAGCAUACAAUAUUACUUCGCCCGACGUGCAAAGAAGUGGUGUCUAGAGGAGAUGACUACUGAUGAAACAAAUGGUGGUUGAAGAUUGCAGAAUUCGAAUACGAGAGAGGUACGGUGAUGAUAUUCUAAGAAACCCAACCAAGGUAAGUUUCUACAGCUACCUUCUCAAGUGCUUUAUGUUUUUUGUAUGAUCUGUGUUGUUCUGUUGUUGUAAUGGUCUGUCUGUUCCUUCUCUAUUGAAACUCUUUGAAAAUCCAUUCAUAUAUCAAACUAAGAUCCCAAGCUGUGUUUAUUUUGUAUUUGCAUACUCCUUUGAUGCAAUAUUUUUAUAAGAACUAGUUUUUUCUUAAAAAAACAUGUAAUCACUUUAAAUUGGGAGGGCAUAUUUUGUGACAUUGGCCACUUGUCAAUAUUUAA